ACUUCUAGAAACUCAAUUGAUCUCUCCUUUGCGACUAUUGCAGUACUGAAGGGGAAGCCUUUAGUAGCACAAAACGCACUCGUGGGAGUGCUUCUAGGGAACCUCCUCGUUAUCAUGGGCAUGUGCUUCAUAAGCGGAGGUUUCCACCACUCGUACCAAGAAUAUUCCUCCACAAUGGCACGUCUUAAUUCUCAGAUGCUCGUAGUCAGCUUAAUGAGUAUUAUCGUUCCUACUAUAACUAGAAAUCGCACAUCUAGGAAACUAGCUGACACUCAAUUAGAUAAUAUACGAGAGCCUGCUAACAUAUCUCACGCUGUAGCCUGGGUCCUGAUUGCACAGUUCGUCCUAUACAUCUUCUCUUCCCUCCCGAUCAAGUACGAGGGCCUGGGACAGUGGCGUAAUCAACAGAAGGAGAAAAACGCGCAUAUGUCUCGUUUGCCAUAUUCAGUUUCUAUCGCUGGAAUAGUUCUGAGCUAUUCCGCAGCCGUCGCGUCGUCCUAUUUUCUUAUAGAGGGUUUAGCCGCUCGUGAGCUACAAACGAUCUCUAUCGAUUUCCUUGAGUUGAUUGUCAUACCACUGGCGCUGGGAAUCAUCGACCAGGUAACGAUCAUCACUAAGACAAAGAAUCAGGAUAUUAGCUGGCUUAUCGAUACGGCAGUGGUAUCAAGCAUUAGGGUUUCGCUCUUCGCGUUCCCCAUUGCGGUACUUACCGGCGUUCUGAUUUCAUCGACCUCCGUGCUAGCCUUUGAUACUUUCCAAGCAAUCAUGCUUGCCAUUGCGGUCUUACUAGUCAACUACGUGUUGCACUCUGGCAAGGCAUUCUGGAUCGAGGGGUCAAUGCUCAUAUCUGCAUAUGUUCUAACCGCGAUCGUUCUAUGGCACUAUCCUAUUCACUAG